AUGUCCAAUAAUCAUCCAGAAUCUUCGAGCGCACGUCCCUUUCGAAGUGCAGGACCAUACAUAGCUCACAUCACUCGAACGGGCAUGCAAGAAGGCUUCAAAAAUUCACCCAUGUUCAAGAUCCUCACAGACUACAACGCUGAACACAAUGAAGUCAAAAACUCUACCAAGUAUCGAGUGAUGUAUUACAGCAACUUCGAUUUAUCCCCUGUAGAUAUACAAGACCUUGGAUUCAAUCGUUUUGCAGACAGACCCCGAUACUCCUUACAGCCUGCCAUGAUCACAGCAGUGAGCUCUACAGUCAUGGAACUACAGUCCUUCAUUCUCUCCACAGCAUCUCUUCUUGCAGAAAGGGACAUAAUAUACCAAAUUGACCCUAGUCAAAUGUUUAUGAAUGUUCUUCAUGGAACUAACAAUAUUCACUUACUUAACGCAGCCACAUUGGAAGGAUACAAGGACCCCUCAAUGCGCAUUUACCAAUCUUUACACAUCCUACCAUCUCAACGUCAAGUCCUGACUAAUGAAGGUUGUGCCACCUUAGACAAGGGAGAAACGAGAUGGGAGGAGUUAAUCCCUCCUAGCAUACCCUUGAAGAAAGCCUUCAGCUCUACUAAUCCUGAACGAAACCCUGCCAGUUCUAUGAGAUCACGAGAGUCAUCAGCCUCAUCCUUAAGGGUGUCAAGGAGUACGCAGCCAGGAGAGCUAGGACAAGUCCGGGAAGAAAAGAAAGAAAAAUCGGAGUUAGAAGCGCAAGAUACUAAACUCAUACCGACAAAAACAUGGGUGCAAACUCAAAAAAUGGCUUCAUUCAAACCCUUAUCCAUAGCCUCCUCAAUAUCGAUGAACAUCCACACUCCUUUCAAGAGCACGGCUCGAGAAUUCUUCAAUUCUCCGUCGACUCUGGCUUCCUCUCUUUUCAAGGAGUUUGAUCUAGGAGGACCAAGUAUCAGCACCGACUUUCCAAGAAGACUCCAAGGAUUAGGAAGUAAAUUACCGGUUGUAGAAGAGAUCAAUUCCAAUGAUGAAGAACAAGAAGUAGAUCACUUACUAAGGCCCCAGGAGUUCUCGAUAGAAGAAAGCCAAGAAAGCUCUGUGGAACUGGGAUUCUCUGGUGGAAAUCAAAGUAAAGGGAAAGAAAAGGCAGUAUUUGUCUACCCUUCAACUUCGAACGUUCCCCCUUCCUAUAACACUUUUGAGUGGGGGGCGAGUUCCUCUCCCAAGCCACGAAGUGCUCACAUCAGUCCGGUUCCCUCUACGAUCAGUCCUGUAGCAUCUCCAUCAAAGCUGCCAACCAAUCCCGGGUCUUCAUCCGACUCAGAAGACGAUUCUUCUUCCAAGAGGUCCAAGGGGAAUAAUGCCUAUUCGCAUCAUAGUCGAUCCAAUGUGAGUAUAGUGGGGAUUCUUCGGACAAUGGUACAGAAGACGACAAAGAUGAAAGGAGAGGGAGAAGGGGAGAAUGAGGACACAGAGGUUAUCCAGGAGAACAGGGUCGUACGGGAGAACAAGGAGAGCAAGGAAGGACAGGACCUAGAGGACGAAGAGGAGAUCAUGGAUCUCCCGGGCCUCCUGGUCCUCCUGGUAAGACAUCUGGCCGGUCUAGGGGGGUGGAUGCCAGAGUACCUAGGUCAAUGGUUAUGGCGUGGACUUAAAGAAGACUCCGAAAUUUACGCAUGGUUUUCAACUCUCACACCGGAAGACCAAGAUUACAUGAGGCUUAAUAGAGGAUUCGAAAUGGAAUCUCCACAAGCGUUCAUCAUGAGAAGAACUGUAUACACAUGCAUGCUUACUCAAAUCAAUGACGGAGGGUUACAGGAAAUAACCAUUGUUAUGAGAAAGGCCCCAAUCGCUUGGCAGCCUAUACUCAAUAUGUCAACAAUUCAGACGUCCAAGCAAUUGUUAGCCAGGGUCAUUGAGCAUAGUAAGGCCCUUGUCUUAGCUGCUCGAAGUGACGGGGGAACCUCUAGGAUUCAAACGGGCGAACUGAUAACAGCCCUAAAGUCAUUAGGAAUAGAUGCUCCUAAACGACCUCGUUUUCUUCCCUCUUGGUCCGUGAACUUAGUUGAAGAAGAAGAGGACCUGCGGACUGAUUUAUUGGGGGAAAUGGAAAGCUCAAAAGUAACAGCUUAUGAAGAAGACUUCCAUGAAAACAACUUGUCAGAACUGUUGCUGAAAUCUGCUCUUCAAAUUCUAAAAAAAAGACAGUGUCCUCCUCCGAAACAGUAUUAUUUUCCAAUGAGUGAUAAGGAAACCAAUUUGGAUUGUCCCCCUCCAUCUCCCUGCAAGGUUUGUAGGAGUCCUAAACACUGGGAUAAGGAGUGUCCCUACUGGGAGAAAUACCUGGAGAGAGUAAAGAAGAGAAAUGCGCAACUAGCAACCUUGCAGCUAGAGGACUCAGCCAGUCCUCAAGACAUGUAUCAAACUGCCUUCCAGGUUCUCACAUCUGACCAGAACUAUGAUCUUCCUUUGACUCAAGAAAUGGAUUCUAGUAACAUGCAGGAUUUUGGAAUGGCGGCUCAGAAUGAAUUGAAGGAGGGGACUGAAGAAGUUCAAGCCUUGAAUUCCGAGCGUAAGACCGAUGUUCUGUUCAUUAAAGAAGCUAACCUUGUAAUAGGGAAGGAGACCCAACCACCCUCAACUAAAAUCCAAAAGGCUAACAAAAUGGAGGCAAACAAAACCUGGAUUGUCAGUGGCCAGGAUUUCCAUACUAGCCAUCCGAGGUUGGGUAGGUAG